AUGUAUGCAGUAGCACAUGCUCUGCAUAAUCUCUAUGAAUGCCAAAUCACUGAAACAAAUAAUACAUGCAACCUUAACAAGAAAGUUGACUCUCGGCAGGUGUUAGAAAAGAUAAAGCAAGUUAAUUAUACAACCAGUUAUGGAGAAAAUGUUUAUUUCGAUAGCAAUGGAGACCCAGUAGCAAGAUAUGAAAUAAUAAACUGGCAGUUAAAUGAGAAAGGAUCUAUACAUUUUGUCACUGUUGGCUUCUAUGAUUCUUCUUUACAAGAGGGACAACAAUUUGUUAUGAAUAACAUUAGUAUUAUUUGGAAAAAUGGAGAAAUAAAGAUUCCCAGAUCAAUCUGCAGUGAGAGCUGUCAGCCAGGCACACGUAAAGCUGUUCGGAAAGGAAAGCCUGCAUGCUGCUUUGAUUGUUUAGAAUGUGGGGAAGGAGAAAUAAGUAAUAUGACAGAUGCCAUUGAUUGUAUAAAAUGUUCACUUGAAUGUACAGCCAACGAGCAAAGAAACCAAUGCACCCUAAAGGAAGUUGAAUUUUUAUCUUCGGGAGAAAUUAUGGGAAUGUUGUUAACCAUCUUAGCAAUUUUAGGAGCUUGUAAAACCAUAAGUAUUGCAGUUGUGUUUUAUUACUAUAGAGAUACCCCAAUUGUAAAAGCUAAUAAUUCAGAGCUCAGCUUUCUUCUCCUUUUCUCUUUGACGUGUUGUUUUCUUUGUUCACUCACUUUCAUUGGACAACCCUCUGACUGGUCAUGUAUGUUACGACAUACAGCAUUUGGCAUCACAUUUGUUCUCUGUGUCUCUUGUGUGCUGGGGAAAACUUUAGUUGUGCUGAUGGCCUUUAAAGCUAAAAUCCCAAGUAGCAAUGUAAUGAAAUAUUUUGGCCCUGGUCAGCAACGUUUAAGUGUUUGUAUUUUAACUGCAAUUCAGAUCUUGAUUUGUGCCAUGUGGUUGAUAAUAUCACCACCUUUUCCUAUGAAAAACAUGCAGCAUUACAAAAACAAGAUCAUUUUAGAAUGUGACCUGGGCUCUGCAAUAACCUUUUAUGGUGUUUUGGGAUACAUUGGAUUUCUGUCAGUCAUAUGCUUUCUUCUGGCAUUUUUGGCUCGGAAAUUGCCAGAUAAUUUCAAUGAAGGUAAAUUUAUCACAUUCAGCAUGGUGAUAUUUUGUGCUGUUUGGCUUACAUUUAUCCCAGCUUAUGUUAGCUCUCCAGGCAAAUAUACUGUGGCUGUUGAAAUAUUUGCAAUCUUAGCUUCUAGUUUUGGUUUACUUUUCUGCAUUUUUCUCCCUAAAUGCUAUAUUAUAUUGUUAAAACCAGAAAGAAAUACAAAAAAAUUUGUAAUGGGGAAAUCUUAG